CUGGAGCCUGUUACACUCGCGGGGUUCCAUCCACACAUCACCACCACCACCACCUUGUGCUGGAGCCUCGCGCACCCUCAGCCCCCGGGAUCCUUCCUUACCUCCGACAGCUUGCCUCACGGUCUCUCACGGUGAGGGAAGGAAGGAAGGAGGUCCCAGCAAGGUGAGAGGGACCCCAGAGCACCACAACACAGUGAAGCAAGAGCGCCCUGGGGGUGUUUGCUGGGCCCAGCACUGUGCGUGCCUCCAGACCCGCGUCAUGGAGCCCCCAGCCCUCAGGCGUCGUAGGUGGCCGAUGGUGUUGGGGACGAUGGUGGUGUUGGUGACGAUGGUGGUGGUGUUGGGGGCGAGAGGCGAGGCUUCCUCCAUUAGUAACACCGCAGCCGCGCCCGAACUCGCUGCGCCCGACCUCACCCUGCCUGCCGGACCCCGCCAGCGGCCGGAGCCGUACUCACUGUCGUGGGUAAGGGAGGGCCGGCAGGCACCCGUGCCCAUACAGUUUAGCGAGACGAGUGACGUGGGCUCAACCAUCCUCCAGCACGUCGCAAAUUACGGCAUCAACCUCACUCACUACCUCACUAAGGUCAAGGAACCACGGCUCUUCAAGGAAGGUUACCAUCUUCAGCGGGGCGACCCUGGCCUCUUCCUCGCAGCCUUCAACAAACAGAAGAAGAAGAGCAAAGACCUUGCUUCCUACGGCUACGCCUCCCUCAAGGCCUCCGAGCUCCUCUCCAACCAGUUCCUUCUGACGCGGCAGCAAGCGCUCUUCGGGCUGGAGCAGGUGUCCCUGAGAAACACGGCUCUUUACGACAACUGCCCCGUCAAGUCUGAGGAGACGAGCACCCAGCCGUGUCCGGCCUACUCGGCCAUGUUCCGCACGCUUGACGGCACCUGCAACAACGUUGACAACGCCGAGUGGGGCGCAGCCUUCCGGCCCUUUGCUCGCUUCCUCCCUCCUGACUACAGCGACGGGAUAGAGCAGCUCCGGGAGAGUGUGAUGGGAGGCGCCCUCCCCAACCCUCGACGGGUGAGCGACACCGUCCACCGCGCUCUCAACCGACCUUCCUACAAGAUCACGAUGAUGGUGAUGCAGUGGGGGCAGUUCCUCGACCACGACCUCACCUCGACGGCUCAGACUCGCGGCUUCAACCACAGUGUCCCCAAGUGUUGUGAUGAACACGACGGCUCGCCUCUGCCCGAGGUCUUCAGGCAUCCCGACUGUCUGCCUAUCAUCAUCCCGGCUAGUGACCCAUUCUACUCCCAGUGGAACCACACGUGUAUGGAGUUCGUCCGGUCCUCACCAGCUCCCCGCCCCAACUGUGCCUUGGGACCCCGCGACCAGAUCAACCAGGUGACCUCGUUCCUCGACGCCUCGAACGUGUACGGCUCCGACGACCAGGAGAUGGCCCAGCUCCGGCUGUGGGAGGACGGGAUGCUGAAGUACAAGCCCAUGAGGUUCCGGAAGCCGCUGUUGCCGCCGCUCGACCACUUCCAGGAGGGAGAGUGUCGUGAGAACUCCAGGAACCUCCACUGUUUCCUUGCUGGCGACGGCCGGGUCAACGAACAACCCGCGCUCACCAGCAUGCACACCAUCUGGCUCAGAGAACACAACCGCCUGGCGACCCAGCUGUCAGAGGUCAACCCGCACUGGACGGAUGACCGGCUCUUCUUCGAAGCCCGCAAGAUUGUCGGCGCCCAAAUGCAGAAGAUUACUUACGGAGAGUGGCUCCCUGUGGUGCUAGGUCCGGCGGUGAUGAAGGUGUUUCGUCUGCCGCUACAGAGGUACGGUUACUACCGCGGCUACCGCCCCGCCACCAACCCCACCGCCACCAACGCCUUCGCCACCGCCGCCUUCAGAUUCGGCCACAGCCUCGUCCAACACUCCCUCAUGCGCUGCGACAAGACGGGGCGCAGGGUGCCCUUCAGCAUCAAGCUACACGAGGAACUCAUGAACCCGGCCAACAUUCACAACUUCGGCAGCGUGGACCGCCUCAUGCUGGGCCUGGCCUUCGAGAUGGCCCAAGGACGUGAUGUGUACAUGACCAACGAACUCACCAGGCACCUCUUCCAGACCCCAGGUCAUCACUACGGGAUGGACCUGGCCUCCCUCAACAUGCAGCGUGGGCGGGACCACGGUCUGCCAGCCUACAACAUCUGGAGGGAGCAGUGUGGCCUGCACAGGUUCAGCAACUGGGGCGAGCUCCUGCAGGUCAUGGACGACGACACGGUGGGCAGGCUGGCAGCUGUAUACAGACACGUGGAUGACAUCGACUUGUUCCCGGGAGGUUUGGCGGAGAAGCCGGUCAUCCGCGGCCUGGUAGGCCCUACCUUCGCCUGCAUCCUGGGUCAGCAGUUCCUCAACCUCCGCCGUGGCGACCGCUUCUGGUUCGAGAACGGUGGGCUGGUGUCUUCACUGACGCCGGAGCAGCUGCGGGAGGUGCGGAAGGUCACCCUGGCGCGGGUCCUCUGCGACAACCUCGACGACAUCGACGAACUACAGCCCAGUCUCUUCAGACCAGUUACAGAAAACGGGAGGAACACCCGCCAGUCGUGCUACGGGCCCGGGAUCCCGGCUCUCAACCUAACAGCCUGGAGGGAGGACUACCCCAGCCUCGUCUACGCUGGCGGAGACUUCAACUUCUCUCACGUCCCUACAUACUCCAGCCCCAGCCAGCAAGAGACCGACUACUACGAGGACGACCUCGACUCCGGCCCCCAGGGCGCGGACACCUCGGGCACUUCGGAGGAGCAGCUCUUCUACCUGGAGACCGAGGACGUGUACGGGGACUACGACGAGGCCAGCCUUCAGAACAUCUUCUCCAGGGAGCUGCCUCGUCCCUUCGAGGAAGCAGACGAGAAGACCGGCAAGGAAGAACAGGAAGACAGCGGCCUGUCAGCGGAGUCUCCCUCCAGCGGCGGCGGUGGCUCUUCCAGCCACUCGCACUUCACUCAACAUAACUUUAAUAACGUCAUCCAGCAGGCGUACUCCAAUACCCUCUUCUACGGAAGGAGUCGUGGCCACCACUGAGGGCCUGGCCAGUGUUCUCUCUCAGACGGGCGUGCGUGUCAACACGCUAUGAAGACGGUCUUCCUGUUGGGGCUUUGUAGCGUGUGUGGCUGUGGCUCGACGGUCCUGCACUAUUGGAGAAGUCACACUCACACUCACACUCACACACACACACACACACACACACACACACACACACACACACACACACACACACACACACACACACUGUAUGUUCCUUGGACGUCAACCUACGUCACCUGUGACGUUGUCUCUCUCUCACGGUACUGUCUGGCCGCCCUCGUGUUGUGUUGCAGAAACACCAGACACACAUAUUUGGACACUAUGUAUCGCGUUAACACGCGAUACAUAGUGUCGUUUCGUCUCAUACUUCAUACUCGUUUCGUCCCAAUUAUCAUCAACAAACACAGUGCACAAACACAAGCUGAGACAGCCUGGUGUAUGCCUACAGCGGCAGGUAGACGCGGCCACAGGUAGACGCGGCCACAGGUAGACGCGGUCACAGGUAGACGAGGUCACAUGUAGACGAGGUCACAGGUGGACGAGGUCACAGGUAGACGCGGUCACAGGUAGACGAGGUCACAGGUAGACGAGGUCACAGGUGGACGAGGUCACAGGCAUUCACAGGUAGAUUCAGACACCCUGGCGGUCACAUUAUUACUUCUUAUAGUUUCGUCAAAUGUCUAACAAGGCAGAAACUAAGUCAUUUCAAUAACGUUCUCAAUUCAUCCACUCGUUAGCAGGUUGUGGCUGUUCAUUGUUCACGAGUCUUAUACCAGAUGAACACUUUUGAUCUCAGCUGUGGUUACACAUAUUCUUUUAUUCAGUUGAACAAGAAUAGGGGGGCUUCUUGUUCACUGUUCUUAAGACAUACUUUCUAACCUGUUCUUCUGUGAUAUUUGAUCUUGUUCAUCUUCACAAUGUUCUUCAGUUUUCUGUUAAUGAGUUUCGGACCUACAGAGGUAAGACGAACUCGGGGUCUCGGGUCAUUGGUCUUUCAUCCGGUUAUCUUAUCUGUCUACUUUUUGGUUAUCUUGGUGGACCAUUUCCGGUUAUAACAUCAAUUUACUUCCGGGUCUCUUGGGUUAUAUCGCACCAUAAUAGUUAAACACCAGAUAUGCACACCACUUGUUUUGGUAAGUGAGGGAAAGAAGGGCGGCGCGGGGCUGCUGAUGUGACAGAGAUGUGACACAGAUGUGACACAGGUGUGACACAGAUGUGACACAGGUGUGACACAGAUGUGACACCUGUGUAGCGCAAGUGUAACCCAGACACCUCCCCCCCCCCACUGUUCACCAGGAUGAAUACUACUGCCUUUCAUGAUGAAUCAUAACUUGAGAUUCUUCAGAGCGUGAGAAACCCACUACAACCAUCAUCAUCAUCUCCCUCUUUUAUGGUUAGUAAAUUAGUUAGUAAUAUCCUCCGUUAUUUAUUUUUGUGUGUGUGUGUGUGUAACGUCCUGAUGUAGUUGUAUGUAGUCAUUUUUUUUGUUCAUUAAUAUUUAUUUGCGCAUUUAGACCCUCGCUUCUUCCCCCCAAAGACUUUGUUUACAAACAUCCGACCCUCACAGACGUAUUUGGGGGGGUUGUAUCUCUUUAUUUGUUGUGUUAAACAAAAAUAUAUUUAUUAAAGUGCAGGUCACUUUUUGAUCCAUAAGUGUAUUGUGGUGUAAUUAUAUUUCAAUAUGAAAUAAUAAAAAGUCUGUGUUGUGUAUUUUUAAUGUCUAGAUGUGUCUUGACGUGUCUAGACGUGUCUUGACGUGUCUUGACGUGCCUAGACGUGUCUAGACGUGUCUUGACGUGUCUUAACGUGAAGAUGAUGGACUAUUUCAGUUCUCCAGAAACUCAUAUUGUCACAUUACAAUAUCGAAAAUAAACUCUGUACACCAGCCUA